CUUUAUCAUCCACAAACCACACUCCGUUAUUUUUUUUUAAAAAAAAAGAAAAAAAAGCACCGAAUUAUGUUAACGUGGGUGACAACAACAUAACGUCCGUUAAAUCCCCCGCCGCAACGACGUUAACAAAACGCCGUGACCCUCAAAUAACGGAGAUAAAAUAUAAAGAUAGAGUUGUAGAAGAAUUAGAAAGAGAGCUAUUGUAUAAAAAGAUCUUCUCACUGCAAUAAACAGGUUUUCGAAGAGAGAGAGAGAAAAACCAUUGUAGCGCCUAUCGCGCUUCCCACCAUUUAUCUGAGGAGAGAGAAAAUCUUUUGAGUAAAUUUUACCAAGAUCGAUUACUCCUAUUGUUUACCGCUGCAUUCUUCUUCUCUUUAGUUUGAAUUUCUAGUGAUUUCAGCUUCAUUGGAGUUUUCUACGAUUUGAUUUUGCUGAAUUGUGUGUUUCAUUGCUAAGAGGAACUAAAUUUCAGAUGAAAAGUGCUGGAAUAUCGGAUUAAGAGAGAGGGGAAGAAGGCAAGAAGCACUAGUAGUUUUUUAAGAGAGAUAAAGUGAAUGCGGUUUUGGAUCUUCUGCGUCUCACUCGUUCUUUCAUGCAAAAUAUAAUUGCAUAAUUUUGGAUCUGAGGAGCAGGAUUUGAAUUUCUCCAACGUUCGGAUUAUUGAAUAAUUCAUCAGAGUUAUUUCAUAAUUUCGCAAUUGAUUUAAAAUUUUCUGAGUUUUUAGGAUUAUUUUGAUGGAGCUCCCUCAAUCCCGCCCUUUCGGAGCCACACAAGAUACAGCUAGAAAAGCUACACAUGACUUCCUUUCUCUCUACACUCACCCCUCUCUUCAGCAAGAUCCAAAGUCUUCUCUUGGCGCAGGUGGUUUACCUAAAACGCAUAAUUUUUUCCAACCACUUGAAGGAGGAGGAAAGAGUCUUUCCAAGGAAGACGACUUGGUUGAUAUAAAUGUUAAGCCUCAACCAGCAGCACCGCCGACCUCGGUAGUAGAGCAUGUAUUCCCUGGAGGAAUUGGAACAUACAGUAUAAGCCAAAUUUCCUAUUAUAAUUCAAGUUUACCUAAGCCAGAGGAUAGUAUCUUCUCAGUGACGCCAGUUACCAGCAAUGAUAAAAAUGACGAAAAUUCAAACUGUAGCUCUUAUACAGGGAGUGGUUUCACAUUGUGGGAUGAAUCAGCUGUGAGAAGGGGAAAUACAGGGAAGGAGAAUCUGGGGGAUGUAAACGUGGUUAAAGAACCAACAAUAAAAAUGGGUCAAUGGCCAUCACAGUCGUCUUCAAACCACCCCAGCAGUGUCAGUCCUCUGUCGUCUGCCCAGACACAUGUUCAGAAGAAUCCAAGCUUUAUGGAGAUGAUCAAAUCUGCCAAGGGUCCUCAUCUGAUGGAUGAAGAGGAUGAAGAGGAUAUGAGCAUCAAAAAGGAAAGCAACUCUUCUCAGAAGGGAGAAAUACGAGUAAAAGUUAGUGGACAGAGCAGUGAUCAGAAACCUAUUACCCCUCGGUCCAAACACUCUGCAACAGAGCAGCGAAGAAGAUGUAAAAUCAAUGACAGAUUUCAGAUGUUGAGAGAACUUAUCCCUCACAGUGAUCAGAAGAGAGACAAGGCGUCAUUUUUGUUGGAGGUCAUCGAGUACAUUCAUUAUUUACAGGAAAAGGUUAAUCGAUAUGAAGGAUCGUACCCUGGAUGGAAUAGUGAACCCCCCAAGUUAAAUCAUUGGAGAAAUAGCCAUGUAGCAACUGACAGUUUUGUUGAUCAGUCUCGAGUUUUGAAUGGUAUAAGUCCUGUUAUGAUGUUUGGUUCCAAAGUUGAUGAAAAAGCCACAGCUAUUUCAUUGAACAUACCGCGUAAUUCCCAGAAUCUAGCAGAUUCUAGCACAACUAAUGCAAUCAAUGUCAAGACUGCUCAUCAACAAUCAAUAAUAAGUAAUAAAGCCGGGUCUGUUUGUUCACCAUUGCAACCUGAUAUCAAUGUUCCUAUCGUCAGUAGUGGUGCUAUGCCACAGCCUCCUUUGAGGCUUCCAUCUGAGGGAGGAAAUGCUUCUUUUCCUCAGCUACAACUAUGGCAAAGCAGGAAUUCUGCAUCUGAGCGGUCUGUUACCCCUGAUAAACUGAAGGAUCAAGAGCUGGCCCUUGAAGGUGGCACCAUUAACAUCUCUAGCGUAUACUCUCAAGGGCUGUUAAGUACACUAACACGAGCGCUGCAAAGUUCUGGGGUAGAUUUGUCUCAAGCAAGUAUUUCAGUUCAAGUUGACAUAGGAAAGCGAGCAAAUAACGGACAAAACUCCCAUGAAGCUGCUGGAAAGGGCGCUGAAGCUUCCAUUCCUAAUCAAAAUUUGCUUCAUGCUAGAGGCGAAAGCACCAGCAGUGAGUCCGAUCACACUGUGAAGAGGCUCAAGAAAGGCUAAUGUUAUUUGAGAAGUUGCGUAAAUUCUUUUGCACUGUGAUUAGAUCAUUUUUUGCGGAGCACUCCUGGCUCGCUGGUAACUCAUUCAUCCCUGCCGCUUUACCAGCUUAACCAGUUGACAGCUCGAGCCACAUUGUACAUGCUAUUAAACUUGAAAAUUUCAAUUGCUUUUGGUUAGUCUUUCAGCAAGUUCUAAUGAGUGAAUAGGUAGUUCAAAGUAGAUUAUUCUUUUGUCUUAAGUUUGGUUUUGCAUCUUUAUGUAAUUUAUAAAGGCCACCGAGUGCGCAUAUAGGAGCUGUCUUUUGCUUAUGAGCUUCCAUUUUAAGAGAAGCUUUUGUUAAGUUUUGUAUUACAUAAUACCUUAACUUGUAAUUUGUAUUUUAGGGGGGCUAUACAUUGAUGAUAGGAGUGCUCAUUUAUGUUCCUUGCUAAGGAAAAAUCGACAUGUAAUAACAUAUUCUACGUUUACUCUUCAAAUGCUAGUUUUGCUCUUA